AUGGCCGAGAUUUACGAAGUCUCUUUCUAUGGUGAUGAAAUUGAAGUUACCGUCACCAAAGACUCCACAGUCGUUAACGAUUGGAUUUUGCAAACUGUGCAGACUCAUCGCCGUAGACUCCACAAGCUACUCAUCGGUCUUGAUAUCGAGUGGCUUCCGUGUUUCAAACCUGAGGAAAACCACCCGGUCGCUCUCCUCCAACUCUGUGUAGGUCGUCGUUGCCUCUUGUUCCAACUCCUCCACAAAGACGCUGUUCCUGGAUUCCUCUUGGAUUUGAACCGAUUGGCGUUUUCGGUUUAUGGGGAAGAAGUGUAUAGGAAGAUGGGAUUGAAGAGAAUGGCGAAAGAGGUACUUGGAAAAGUAAUGGAGAAGCCAUUGAAUGUAACACUGAGUAAAUGGGAUGCUGAGGAACUGUGUUAUGAACAAGUUGAAUAUGGUGCUAUUGAUGCUUUUGUUUCGUUUGAAAUUGCCAAGAAUUUGUUUAAUCUAGUGUGGGAAAGAGAGAAAGAGAGUCGUCGUGUUGUUAAGAGGGAAUAUUUGAAUUGCCAUUAUCAACCAAUGUUGAGGGUACAAGAUACACAAGGGAUGUUUCGAAGACUUGCUUUGUUUUGA